AUGAGCGCGGAUGACACGGUUUCCAGCAGUACAAAAGAGUAUGCAUGCGUGAUAAUGACAGUCGGACACUUUUCCCUGGGCUUAUUCAGCAUAGUGGACAGUGCAAUUGAACAUUAUAAUACAGAACUCGCAAGAACCGGAUGUAAAUUACGAAUUACCCUAGCGAACCAGCUGGGGGAGUGGAGGCAUUUGUACAGCCUUCUAUUUUUUAUGUAUGAGAAAGGGCCUGCAUUAUUUAAGAUCCAUAAAGAAAAGGGUCGGCAGUAUAUCAUAGGCAGCCCAAUGAAUAUAAAAAGACUUAUAAAUGAGCUGGCGUAUGCAGAAUCCUCAGACAUAGACACAAACACUAGUGAAGAUAACUAUUUGCUGAACUUAAGUACGCUUGCAGUACUAAAUCAUAUGGGAUCUUCAAUUGAACUGAGACAAGAAGCUGCCAGACUCAUUGCAGAGUACAUUUGUACUAACUUAACAGUGCCAUUUGACAGGUUCUUUAUACAGGCAUCUAUAAACAAGGAAAGAGAACUCGCUGAAGAACUUGCCAUGCAGUGUAAGCUUGUUAUUGACCGUAAAGUAGGAGAAUACUUCGGAGUGGAUAGUUUUUUAGGGUGGAGUAAAGAUAAAGUCACAGAAGUAAUGAUAGAAAGAUUGAAUAAUCUGUAUAAUGAAUACACAAAUAUAAAAUUAGAGUACGUCCCCAGGAUAGAUGUAAAAACAAAAAGAAGUAUUCUUAAGCAGUUGAGUACAAGCAGUGAAGUAAAUUCAGUAAUUAAAGCAAUAAAAGCAGUAUUUCAUGACUUAAUUGAUGGGUGCAAUGACUACUCAUUCGUAACAACCUGUCUAAUUAAUAACUUACCCCCAUCAAUUAUCCAUAUGGGCACAAAUCAAUAA